GUCGUGAUUGCGUUGCGCCCUGUGGCUGCAGACAGUCGAGAGAAAUCGCUCAUCGCGGUAGCAUUAUAUUCGCAACUUGGCAUACGUGAAAAGUUUUGACAAAGCACCUUGGUUUUUCACCGAGGUGUUUGGGUUAAACGCGAUUCAGGGACGCCGAGGAUAUUUCGAUAGGUACAACACUGACGAACGGUGACCAGAAACGUCACCAUGGAAGAAAAGAAUGGGGAAACUAUCAACAUGCAGUUGAUGGCUGGGCAGAGCUCCUUCAAUGGGGAAAAACAAACGCCAGAUGGGAAUUUCCUGAAGAGUGGAGACGGAGGAUCGCCAGUAUCGGAUUCGGAUGAAUCGUAUGAUCCGCACAAACAUCGGAACAGGCCGAAUCCCACCUCGAACUCCGAGACGUUGAUCCAUCUGCUGAAGGGCAGCCUGGGGACUGGGAUUCUGGCAAUGCCGAAUGCCUUUUACAACAGUGGUCUGGUCACCGGUGUCAUAGCAACGAUUCUCAUCGGUAUUUUAUGCACCUACUGCUUGCACGUUCUCGUAAAAGCGCAGUACAAAUUGUGCAAAAGAAUGAAGGUCCCCAUUUUGAGUUAUCCGAUGAGCAUGAAGUACGCUUUGGAACAAGGGCCACGAUGGUGUAAAAUGUUCGCACCCUCCGCGCCAGGUCUCGUCGAUGGGUUUCUAAUAGCAUAUCAACUGGGAAUUUGCUGCGUCUACAUCGUCUUUGUCGCGGAGAAUAUAAAGCAGGUAACCGAUCAGUAUUGGCCUCCAAUAGAUGCGAAAUUGCACAUGCUGAUUUUGCUCGUACCACUGACAUUGAUAAACUACAUUAGGAACUUGAAAGUGCUUGCGCCAUUCUCCUCCCUGGCGAAUGUCAUCACUUUCGUUGGUCUAUCAAUGAUCCUGUAUUACGUUUUUGACGAUCUUCCGUCCGUUAGCGAAAGGGAAUUGUACGGCUCGUUGAGAAACUUUUCCCUGUACUUUGGUACCACGUUAUUUGCCUUGGAAGCUGUCGGAGUGAUCAUAGCUUUGGAAAACAACAUGAAGACUCCCCAGAACUUUGGUGGUUACUUUGGCGUACUGAACAUCGGGAUGACCGUCAUCGUGAUCUUGUACAUUCUGGUCGGAGUUUUUGGUUAUAUCAAAUACGGGGCGGCAGCCGAAGGGAGCAUUACUUUGAAUCUUCCUAAAGGGGACGUGAUGGCACAGGCCAUAAAAAUAAUGUUCGCCAUCGCGAUAUUCAUAACUUACGCCCUCCAAGGCUACGUGCCCGUUGAGAUCAUCUGGAACACCUACCUGGAUCGUCGUAUUCCUAAGAACAAACUUUUCUGGGAGUACGUCCUGAGGACAAUCGUCACCAUUGCCACCUUUAUACUGGCGAUCGCUGUGCCGCGUCUGGGUCUCUUCAUCUCGCUGUUUGGAGCCUUGUGUCUUUCGGCACUAGGACUCGCCUUUCCUGCCAUAAUCGAGAUAUGCGUUAUGUGGCCCGACAUGGGACCCGGCAUGUCGUCCUUGAUCAAGAACAUCUUCCUAAUAUUAUUCGGAAUUGUGGGGCUCGUGGUUGGAACCUAUGUGAGCCUUGUGGACAUCGUGAAUUCCUUCGCAGCGCCAGUGAACAGUACAAUAAUAGCAAAUUCGUCAGACUUACAUCAAUAAGGACUGCAAUAUGUGCUACUAGUGAAAUUAACAUCAGUCGCGUUGACUAUCGUGACUACGUGUAGCUGCGGUCGACUCUCGAUAAAUGCCCGCUUUCGGGGCUGUUGGAGAGAAAAAUUCUGGCGCUCAGUGGGACGAUGUCAACGAAAAGCCACUCUGUAGAAUAAACAUGUUUCAAGUUUCAUUAGCCAUUGUUCGUACGGAACCGCCAUGGAGAGUAUCGCGGAUUUAGGCGUGUAAAAAAGCGCUUCGGAGAUUCUUUAUUUGUGAAAAUGGCGAAAAUUUCGCGUUGAAAAUUUUAUCAUUAUCAGAUGUUUACAUCGGCGUCGCUUUUCGAAAACGCUACGAAAUUAUAUCGAUCAUUAGAUGUGAUAUUUAUACAUUAGAAAGAAUUAGUAUGGGUUGGAAAUUCUAUGUCCAUUAGAUGUGUCGAUAAUAAAAUGUUAAAAAAUUUGCGUGACUUGAAGUGCGUUCACGUUCUACUGAGGAUUCGAAAGUGAUAAAUUUUGAGAAAAGACUUUUACACCGCUUAUAUUAACGCUGUAAUUUAGACCAAAGUAUAUACACUAUAAAACUCAAUGACCAAAGAAACCAAAAGGUAUCUGUGUUGAAAAUGUUGCGCUGGCGUUUAUCACGCAAUAUGUAACGUAAAGGAAAGUGGCUAAGAUUGCGGUGCUAUGGUGAAAUUUGAAGAAUAUGAAUAUGCGUGACCGAAGUUUACUUUGAACUUGACUUAGAGAUGAAGUACGCACUUGCUAUUUUCCGUACAUCGCACGACUUUCCUUUAUGGCUACUAUUAUAUCAUAUGCAUAAUUGCAUGAAUAAUGUAUAUUUUUUUCACGCUGUGCCAAUAUAACUUUGUUGUUUUUGAGAUUGUGUUAAAUAUUUGCGAAAAUUGUUUGUGAGCCUAGAUGGCUCAACACAUGAAAGUAUAUGUAUAGUAUAUUAAGUAAAUAUAAUAUUCUAUAUAAGGUGGGAUAAUGGAAGCAAUGUUAAAAUUGAAAGUAGCUGAUUGGUUUUUAUCUAUAAUGUAGGAACAUGAACAGAUCAGAAACGACUUUUUUAAAAUCGAGGGACUUGAAUAGUCGGACUGUUGUCAAUGAAUUUGGAUAUAUCGAAAAUUUGCAAAUUUGCUGAAAAGACAGCUUAUCUGAUGACUGUAUGCAAAGAUACGCUCUCAGUGCAAUCGUAGAAGCAUGUAGUUAUAAAAAUAUUGAUGGCUAAAAGUGAUCACGAAUGAAUCCAUCGUGUAGAAAAAGUAUUGAAAAACUAGGAUAUGCACUGGUUACGGCGUGAUUAAUUUCGUGAUUAAAUGUAGACUGCCACGAUAAUUUUUAUUGUUCCGGGUUACUCCCGCUACUGUUUAUAUAAGAAUUCAACUUGAUAAUUGGGUGGCACUUUAUUUUUAUUCAUACGAUCAGUUUUCUCACAAACUGAACGUAAUAAAAGCGCUUGUUCUUGAGAGUUCAGCAUAGCAUUAGAGUAGAGGGUGGACACAAACCCAAAGUUUUUUUCUAAUAGAGUAUACAAGAAAGUUGACUAGUUUUAGUACGGUAUAGAGAUUGUUAUUACCAUUAUACGACUAGACAAUAAGAGCUUUAAUUAGGUAUCAAAUUUCUAUUGAGAAUAUAUCAUUGGUACGAGCCGAUCAUGUGGUGUUGGUAAACGUGUUUUUAUUCCAUGUGGUAUGUUGACAAUUGCUGAAUGAUGAGUGGACAGAGAAAGCUUUGAAAUUUGACUUGAAGAAAUAUUGUUAAUAAUUUUGUUAUUACGACAUUGGCCUUCUCUACGUAUGAGACGAUAAAUAAUUCGCAUCUACAAUAUUGGAACAAUGAAAUGGUCGAUGAUAACGAAAAGCCGCAGAAUAUUGCAUAUAUGAUGACUUCGCUGCGCAUUUUAGAAGUUCGUCGUUUGAGAUACAUCACCAAGAAGGAGGUUCUUCAGUAUUGGUUGAGCACAAGUGAUAAUGAGAUUGGAAUUAUAUUGUUACGGAAUACUGUUAAAUGGUUGACAAAAAUGUAUUGUUAAAAG